AUGGCCCCCAAUGGAGGCGAGACCACACAUCCCUCCAAGAUCAGCUUCUGGCGCAUGGUAUUCGACCAAAAAGUCGUCACUGAGGAAAUCGUGCAAUAUCCAUACACAGGCUCAGGAACCGAAGAUGAUCCGUACGCCGUGGUUUGGAUCCCAAAUGAUCCACGAAACCCCAUGAACUUUCAUGCAAUGAAGAAAUGGGCCAUCACACUUUUAGUGUCUUUUGUCACACUGGCCGUCUCACUGGUAUCAUCCGCUUUCUCGGGUGGAAUGAGCCAGAUUAUAGAGGAUUUUGGAUCCCCCGAGGAAGUCGUCAUCUUGGGCGUCUCGCUGUUUGUCCUCGGUUUUGCCAUAGGCCCUUUGAUCUGGGCUCCUCUCAGUGAGAUCUUCGGCCGUCGCCAUAUCUUCACCAUUUCAUUCAUGUUCUUAACUGCAUUCAAUGCGGGCUCGGCGGGUGCUCAGAACAUCCAAACUCUUAUUAUCCUACGUUUCCUAGCGGGAUCGUUUGGCUCUUCUCCAUUCGGUAAUGCGGGUGGCACUAUUGCAGACAUGUUCCCAGCCUCGCAACGUGGAAUUGCCAUUUCUCUAUUUGCAGCAGCACCGUUUCUCGGUCCUACCCUUGGUCCAGUUAUAGGCGGCUUCCUAGCCACCGGAGCGGGCUGGCGCUGGGUUGAAGGCUUCCUCGCCGCGUUCUCUGGCUUGCUCUGGCUAUGUAUCAUCUUUCUCCUACCAGAGACAUAUGCCCCUGUCCUCCUCCGCCGCCGAGCAGAGAAAUUAUCAGCUUUGACCGGGAACGUAUACCGCAGCCACCUUGACAUCACCCGCGGUCCUGUUCCUAUGAGCAAAACAUUAAAAACAGCCCUCUCCCGCCCUUGGAUUCUCCUCUUCCGCGAGCCAAUCGUGCUCCUCUUCUCCAUAUACAUGUCAAUCAUUUACGGCACCCUCUACAUGCUCUUCGCCGCCUACCCAAUCGUCUUCCAACAAGUCCGCGGCUGGAGCGAAGGCAUCGGCGGCCUCGCGUUCCUAGGCAUCCUCGUGGGAAUGAUAAUAGCAGUAGCCUACACUUUCCCGGAGAACUUCCGCUACGCCAAAAAAUGCGCCGAAACAACCGACCGUCUCGCCCCAGAGCUCCGCCUCCCUCCAAGCAUGGUCGGCGGCAUAGCCCUCCCGAUAGGUCUCUUCUGGUUCGCCUGGACCAACUCCCCAAGUAUCCACUGGAUGGCCUCGGUAGCAGCAGGUGCGCCCUUCGGCUUCGGAAUGGUCCUCGUCUUCCUCAGCGUCUUCAACUACCUCAUCGACUCCUACACCAUCUUCGCUGCUUCGGUGCUAGCAGCAAACUCAGCCCUCCGUUCCCUAUUCGGCAUGGCUUUCCCUCUUUUCACUACAUACAUGUAUGAAAACCUAGGAAUUCACUGGGCAUCAUCGAUCCCGGCCUUCCUGUCGCUGGCAUGUGUGCCUUUUCCAUUCAUCUUCUAUAAAUAUGGCGCGCACAUCCGGAAACGCUGCACCUACGCCGCUGAGGCGGAUGCCUUUAUGCAGCGUCUUGCCCAGAAGAAUCAGGCUCAGGUUGAGGUGCGCACUGAGAAGGAAGAGGAAUCCGGGAAGAUGGCCCCGAAUGCUGUUUUGCCAGAUGAGGUUGAUUCUAGUGAUGAUGAUACUUUGUCUACUGUUCCUUCGCGCGGCACUAUUGCUCGUCAUGCUUCUCGGGCUUCGCGUCAGUCUGGUCGCUCUAUGCAUCGUGUUGCUACUGCUACGCAGUAUGAGGAGAAUCCGUAUGAUUUGGAUUUGGUAAAUACUAAGCAAUCGGUUAUCAGUGGACAUCGCAAGGAUUGA